AUGAUAGGAAAAAAAGCAAUGGGAGAUUAUUUUGAAAAGGGUGAUAUAUCAGUUCCGAAAUAUGGAUUCAAAGUGAAGUUGAAUAAUGUUUAUCCAGAAAAAAGGAACCAGCGCUAUAUCCCAUCUAUACCAAUGAUAAUCAAGAUGUUGCCAAUGAUAUUGAGGUAUUUAUUGUAUUAUAUUAAAACUAAAUGGUCAGGCAAAUAUAUAGAAAUGGACUAUAUCAAUUCAAGAGAAUCACAACAAAUAUAUGGUGUCCCAAUUGGUGGAAUUGGUUGUGGGACCAUUGGGAGAGGUUACAGAGGAGAGUUUUGUAGAUUUCAAAUGCGUCCUGGUUUAUAUGAGGUCAAUACUGUUGAAGCUAAUCAGUUUAUAAUAACAGUAAAAGACGAAAAUAAUCAUACAAUUUUGCAGAGCUUAUUAUCGAAUUUUCCAAAGAAAAAACUGUCAGCUUGGACUAGUACCAUUGAUUCCAGUAAAUGUACCUACACAGGCUUAUACCCUAGAUCAUGGACAGAAUAUGAUCUUUCUGAAUAUGGAAUCAAACUUGUGUGUAGGCAAAUAAGCCCUGUGAUACCUCAUGAUUAUGAUAAUAGUUGUUUACCAUGUGCUGUUUUUGUAUGGAGUAUACAGAACAUAUCAAGCAGCCCAAGAACAGUAACAAUUGCUUUUACUUUCAAAAAUGGAACUGGGAGCUGGACAGACUCAAACUCAACCUGUAGCACUAAAUCAUUUUCAUAUGAAAACACAGAAGGUGUUAUUUUGCACCAUACAAUAGACAAAAUGCAAUGCAGUUAUGCCCUGGCCACAAAAUCAGAUGCAGACAUCACAGUUUCAAAAUGUUUAUACUUUGAUCCAAACUCAGAUGGAUCAGAAAUAUGGGAUCAACUGAGUACAAAUGGAGAAUUUGAUAAACCCAAAAACAAAGAUCACGGUUUCGUUCACUCUGAAAUGGCAUGUGGUAUCGCCACUAAGGUGACUGUACCCCCCCAAGGUGGCAAACAGGUAGACAUGAAUUUGGUGUGGGAAAUGCCUACAAUAAAUUUCAUCAACAAUCAAAAAAGCUACAAUAGGUUUUACACAAAGCAAUUUGGGACAGAAAAUGCAGUGUUGAAAAUUGUCUCCUAUGCUUUUGAGAACUACCAAAAGUGGGAAGAAAGUAUUGAAAAUUGGCAGAAACCAGUAUUAGAUGAUGAAAACCUUCCAGAUUGGUAUAAGGGGGCCUUAUUCAAUGAAACUUACUUUGUAAGUGAUGGUGGAACCCUUUGGUUAACACCCAAAGAUGAAGAGAUUAAAAAUUAUUCAAAGAAUGAUCCCAGGAGAACUUAUGGACAUUUUGCUUACUUGGAAGGACAGGAGUACCUCAUGUACAAUUCUUAUGAUGUCCACUUUUAUGCCUCACAUGCUUUGCAUAAAAACUGGCCACUAUUACAGAAAUGUCUGCAGUAUGACUUGAGAGAUUUUGUUUCUAUGGAAAUUGGGGAUAAGAGGACCAUGCUUUAUGAUGGUGAAGUUGUAGAAAGAAAAGUUCCUAUUUCAGUACCACAUGAUGCUGGAAAUCCCGGAGAAGAAGCUCUGACUCUCAUCAAUGCCUACAACAUUCAUGAUGUCAGCAAAUGGAAAGACCUAAAUCCCAAAUUCAUACUGCAAACGUACAGAGACGCAUUCGAUAGUUCUGGAAAUCUUGAUAAGGCAUUCGUUCAAGAUAUGUAUGACAUUUGCAAUCAGAUCAUGCAGAAAUCUAUAGACAACGAUAUGGACGAUGAUGGCCUCAUUGAAAAUGGCGGAAAACCUGAUCAGACUUUUGAUGCUUGGGUUAUGACAGGUGUAAGUGCCUACUGUGGUGGCCUUUGGUUAGCAGCCUUAUACGCCAUGAUAUCUUUAUCAGACGUACUUGGAAAACCAGAUGAGAAAAAAAAAUUCCAAGAUAUAUUCGACAGAGCCCAACCCGAAUAUGAAAAUAAACUCUGGAAUGGGUUAUACUACGAAUUCGAUUCUUCCACCACAGACCAAUCCCAAUCCAUAAUGGCCGACCAAUUGUGUGGCCACUGGUAUCUGAGGUGUUGUGGCAUAGAAAGUUAUGAAGUGUUCCCGAAAAGUAAUGUUAGAACUGCUUUAAACACCAUCUACAAAAACAAUGUACAAUCGUUUUGCAAUGGGGAAAUGGGAGCUGUGAAUGGGUUUUUGGCGGGAAAAAUCGACGAAACUGCACUUCAAAGUUUGGAGGCGUGGACUGGUGUUACCUACGCUCUGGCCGCCACUAUGAUCCAUGAGGGUAUGGUGGAUGAAGGAUUCAAAACGGCAGGUGGCAUGUACCAGUCCAUGGUAUAUAAAAGCGGUUUAGCUUUUGAUACCCCUGAAGCGUUGUAUGAUGAGAAAUAUAUCAGAGCAUUAGCAUACAUGAGGCCACUCAGUAUUUGGUCCAUGCAGAUUGCAUGGGAGAAACUGAAAAAAUCAUCCACUAAGUAAUAUCAUUGAUGUAAUAAACCU